AUGGUUGAAAAAUGUAUGGAAGUAUUCAUGGAUGAUUUAAUAGUAUUUGGAAACUCUUUUGAUGCAUGCCUUCUUAAUUUAGAAGCUGUUUUGACAAGAUGUAUUGAGAAAGGCAUAGUCUUGGGACACAUUAUCUCUGAAAGAGGAAUUGAGGUUGAUCAGUCUAUGAUUGAUCUCAUUUCUAAUUUGCCCACUCCAAACACUGUCAAAGAUGUCAGAUCUUUUCUUGGGCAUGCUGGUUUUUAUAGGAGGUUCAUUCAAAACUUUUCAGCGAUUUCUCGUCUGCUAUGUAACCUCCUAGCCAAAUAUGCUACUUUUGAGUGGACGCCUAAGUGUGAGGAUACCUUCCAAACACUUGUUGCAAAAUUGACUUCCACUCCUAUUAUGCAGUCACCAGAUUGGAAUUUGCCUUUUGAAAUCAUGUGUCACGCCAAAUUUUUUGCUGUUGGUGUUGUUUUGGGACAACGAAGGGAUGGAAAACCUUUUGUUGUCUACUAUGCAAGUCGAACUCUUAAUAGUACUCAAAUGAACUAUUCUACUACUGAAAAAGAGUUGCUUGUCGUUGUCUUUGAUCUUGACAAAUUCCGAGCAUACUUGAUUGACUCACCUAUUAUGAUCUUCACAGAUCAUUCUGCUCUUAAUGAUUUUGCUGAUGUUCCAUCUAUUCAUGAUGAUUUCCCUGAUGAACAAGUGCUUGUUGUUACUAAGUUACUGUGGUAUGCACACAUUGUUAACUACUUAGUAACAUGUGAACUUCCUUCUGAGUGGAGUUCACAAGAUAGACACAAGUUUCUGGUCAAGUCUUUUGAGGCUCUCAUGCGCAAAUAUGGUGUACUUCAUAAGGUUUCUAAUUCCUAUCAUCCGCAAACCAAUGGGCAAGGAGAGUUAGCCAAUAAGGAGAUAAAACAAAUUCUUGAAAAAACAGUAAAUCCCGACCGAAAAGAUUGGUCUUCUCAUCUUCUUGAUGCACUCUGGGCAUACCGUACUGCUUUCAAAUCCCCUCUUGGGAUGUUUCCCUAUCAGCUUGUUUAUGGGAAAGCCUGUCAUUCACCUGUUGAACUUGAGCAUAAGGCAUAUUGGGCUGUCAAAGCCUUUAAUUUUGAUCUUAGUGCUGCAGGCAUUAAUCGUAAACUUCAGCUGUCUGAAAUUGAGGAGUUGAGAAAUGAGGCAUAUGACAAUUCCAGGAUCUACAAGGAGAAAAUGAAAACUACUCAUGAUAAACAGAUCAUGCGAAAGCAUUUUGAGGUGAAUCAGAAGGCUAUUUCAACUAUCACCCCAUGGAUAUUGUCAUCUUCCAGGUGUUCUCUUUCCCUAUCCUUUUCAUUGCCUAUUUAUUUUGACAGUGAGGACACUGUCUGA